CGGGGCGCGGCCGCGUUCAGUCGGGGAGGACGUCGUCGUGAGAAGGUUGCUGAGGGGAAGCUAGGCUCUCCCAGAAACAAAGGGGGUAAGCAGCCAGGCGGGAAGGAAGGCAGGCGAGAGCGACGUGUGUGGGGGCCAUCACCUCGGCUGCCACUUUCGCCUUUUGUGAGGGAGAAAGUGCCCCUGAGCGGCCUCCUUUUCCUCCGUUCCCAGAGGAAGCGAAUCCCGCGCCCGCCCGCCCGCCGCCAUGAUGGAGGUGCAGAAGGAAGCGCAGCGCAUCAUGACGAUGUCGGUGUGGAAGAUGUACCACUCGCGGAUGCAGCGCGGCGGCCUCCGCCUCCACCGCAGCCUCCAGCUCUCGCUCGUCAUGCGCAGCGCCCGCGACCUCUACCUCUCCGCCAAGCUCGAGGACGACGACGAGGCCAUGGUCAACGCUAAUGCGAACGUCAACGAGGGGCUCGACGAGGCGCCGCCGCCCUCGCCCUUCCCUCCCCCUCCGGAGGCGGACCCGGAGCCCAUGGACACGCAGCCGGCGGCGGCGGAGGAGGCGGCGGAGCGCCGUCCCGAGAGCGCCCCUCCGGCGCGGGCGGCCAAGCCGAGCCGCAAGCGGCGCAGCAGCAGCCUGGGCAAGCUGGGGGCGGCGGAGGCGGGCCUGGCGCCCAGCAAGAAGGCGCGCCUGGCCGAGGAGCAGCGGCAGGAGGAGGAAGAGCAGGAGGGGCAGCCGCAGCGGCAGGAGGGCCCCUUCCCGAGCCUGGCCCGCGUCCUGCAAGGGCGCUUCUCCGCCCCGCCCGAGCCCGCCAAGGACGAACCCCCGGCCAAUUGCUGCCGGCCGCAAGGCGAGGGCGUGCUCAGCAUCAUGGUCCGGGCCGUGGUGGCCUUCUGAGGCGGAGGCGGCGGCGGCCCUGACGCGGGGCCCACGAGCUGCUCGGAGUGGAGGCAGGCAGGCAUUGGAGAGCCGCCUCGCCGCCCCCCUCGGUGCCGGAGACUGAGGGAAAGGCGGGCAGGCAGGGAGGAGAGCCCUCCUCACCCCCGCGGCCCCAGGCCCUGUGCCGGAGACAAAAGGAGGCAGGCCUCGGUUGCGCGCCAAGCCCAGGGACGGCUCCCGGUCGCGCCAGCAUCGGAGGAGAGCCAAAUAACUUCGGGGGAGGAGGGGCAGGAGAGGAGGAGGAGGAGAGACUCGCAACCAGCAAUGGUUCAUUAUUAUUAUUUUGGUGGGAAGCGAACAACCACUGUUUCAUUUCCUUUCCGGGUGCACUUUAUGGUGCUAGUUCAGUGAUCCUGCCUUUCCUCGUUGUUGUUGCCAUUUCUGGGUGGGAGGACGGUUUGGCUUCUCCGCCUUCCCGAGUGGGGUUAAAACAGGCUUGGGCCCUCCCUCUGGUGUUUUGGACUUCAACUCCCAGCAUUCCUGAGGCCGUUAGGAAUGGUGGGAGUUGAAGUCCAAAACACCCAGAGGGCCCAAAUUGAGGGCCUGGAUUAGAAGGUCUUUCGGGUUGAGUGGGGAUCUGGCAUAAGCCCCUUAAGGAAGGAAGAGCCCUGCUGAGAGAGAGCAGUGGGAGGUUUGCAGCCCCACCUCCGCCUGGAUGGGAGGGGGCCCUCUCCUCAGGGCCCACCCCUCCCCUCCUCAGCAGUGAAGGGAAACACAGUGGCCUCUUUCUUUGUGCCGGAGAAAAUCUCCCAACCGCAUUUGGCUUCCCUGUGAGUGUGUGAGUGUGGCUGGAGCAGGAAGGGGGAAGCAGGACCAGUCAUACUUGUUAUGACACAUCUCUCAUAUGACUAGCAUUUGCAUUACACUGGGGCCAGGAGUGCUGGGGAUUUCCUGUUCAUGUUGCCUUAGUCCUCUGUGUGUGUGGCUGUGUUUUCUGUGGGGGUUUUUUUACGCGUGGGUGGAGCCCUGAACUGACAGCAGGGCAAGGGGAGAGGAAAAGAAGUAGUUUUUUCCCUUGAGGUAUAUUAUGUUCCCCAUGACUGAGGCUGUUGCUCUAUGUGGUAUAUUGAUGAAGAGAAAUAAUGUUUUUGCUUACAUACUUCUAAAAUCAGGUUCCUGAAGGGGAUUUCAUGACACCGUUUUUUGCCUUUUUUGUUCCUGAAGCAUUUCUUCUGCUUUGUUCUCAAAUGUACAAAACAGUUGCUAUUGUCUUGGACUUCUUGAGUGUGUCUGAGAAGGAAGAGUGACUAGGCACAGCUUUAUGGUAAUGUGUUCCUAGAUCAGGCAUGGGCAAACUUGGGCUCUCCCUCCAGGUGUGUUGGAUUUUAACUUCCACCAUUCCUAACAGCCUCAGGCCCAUUCCUUUCUCCCCUCAGCCGCUUAAUUGUGGGAGCUGACGUCCAAAACAUGCUUAAGGGGCCUGAGGCUAUUAGGAAUUGUGAGAGUUGAAGUCCAAAACACCUGGAGUGUGUCCAAGGUUGCCCAUGCCCGUCCUAGAUGGUUUGCAAGACUGGUCACUGUCCAGGUACUUCAUAAUGUGAAAUGUAUGUGAUUUACAUUUAUCUUUCUGAUGCCUUGAAGAAGGCAACCAUACUGGCUGAUUUGGUUCUGUUUUCUUACUUUCACAAUGUUAAUAUUUUUGGACACUGAAAUAAAGACAAUUUGAUUUUUUUAAA